CCGAUCCUCCUCUUCUGCCAGCAGUGAGACAGCACCACCGGAGCCAGGCGGGCAGAGGAGCAGCGUGGGGUCCCUGUCUGGUAUUUCCGGCAUCUGACAGUGCUGGAGGAGCUUGGCUGGAGGAAGGGGCGCCCGUGCCGCCGUGUCUGGGAGCCGGCAGAGGCUGCCCCGAGCAGAGCAGUGGAAAGCAAGGCGGCAGCAGCAGCAGCAGGAGGAGGAGGAGGAGGAGGAGGAUGCCGGCGCUCAGCGCGUUGCCUUUCCUGAAGCCCGUUCACCUGGGGUCGCCCCGCAGGUCGCCCGGGGGCCAGCGCCGGCACACGCUGCCCGCCAGCGAGUUCCGCUGCCUCAGCCCCGAGGACGCCGUGAGCGUGUUCGAGAUCGAGCGGGAAGCCUUUAUAUCCGUCUCUGGGGACUGUCCCCUCCACCUGGAUGAGAUCCGCCACUUUCUGAACCUGUGCCCAGAGCUGUCCCUCGGCUGGUUUGAGGAAGGGCGGCUCGUGGCAUUCAUCAUUGGCUCCCUCUGGGAUCAGGAGAGGCUCAGCCAGGCAGCGCUGACCCUGCACAAGCCGCAGGGCACGGCCGUGCACAUCCACGUGCUGGCCGUGCACCGCACCUUCCGGCAGCAGGGCAAGGGCUCCAUCCUCAUGUGGCGGUACCUGCAGUACCUGCGGUGCCUGCCCUUCGCCCGCCGGGCCCUGCUCAUGUGCGAAGAUUUCCUCGUGCCCUUCUACGAGAAGUGCGGGUUCGAGGCGCUGGGUCCCUGCGAGGUGACGGUGGGGGACCUGGCCUUCAUCGAGAUGCAGCACUCGGUGCGGGGACACGCCUUCGUGCGCAGGAACAGCGGCUGCUGAGCCCGCUCCGCUCCGUCCCGGCUUGGGAGAGAGGCUGGGGUGGGAUAAGAGGCUGCAAUCCCUCUCCAUCCCCCACCCCAUCCAUCUUCCCCGGCUGGCCCUGGCUACAGCUACUCCCUCUGCCACAUCUGCCUUCCAGCCACAUCAGCCCGGCCCCAUCCCAUCCCUGCAGGGCUGGGCACAGAAAUUCCUGUGCCUGAUCCUGCUGGAAGCAGCUCUCUGGGUUCUGCUGGUGAGCCCGGGUGGGCUGCAGGGCCACGAGCCCCCUGGGAGCAGCUGGGGGGUCCUGGUGGUUUAAGGGCACUUACACCCACCACGGUUUGCUGACACACCCAGCAGAGCCCCUACAUACAUGUGAGCCCAGCCCUGCAUCCCCUCCCACCGCCACAAGUGGAGCACACCCUUCUGCAAACACCUCAGGCUGUUGGGAAGCAGCAAAUAAAGAUGUGGCAGUGAUUUUCUAUAAAGCC